AUGGGUUCCAUCGGUGAGGAUGAGACUCUGGUCAGGCACCCGCUAGACCAGCUUAGCAGCGAUGAGGUGGCUGUCGCCCGCGAAGUCGUCACCAAGGCACGACAGUCAUUGUUGAUGUUCCGCAAUGUGUUCGCCGUUGAGCCUCCCAAAGCCGAGCUGCUGGAAUUUCUAGCUGCUGAACAUGCUGGCACACUCUCUGCAGCUACCCCUCGCCCCGCCCGUCAAGCGCGCCUUCAGUACGACGUGAUUGGCCAAGACAAGUCUCAUGAGUAUACCGAAUCCAUCGUUGACCUUGAAAGCCGGACGGAGAUCAGCAAGAGAACCGUGGAGAAGGGCUCACAGCAAGCGUUCACGUUGGAUGAAUUCAAGCAAUUUUACGAUGUCUGCGUAGUAUCAGACCUGUUCAAGAAAGCCAUCGCCGAGUUCGAGCUGCCGGAGGGGUUUGAGGUCGCCAUCGACCCCUGGCCCUAUGGUGGGCCAGAUCUCAGCGAGGAUGCUCCUAGAUACACCCAGGGCCUAUGCUUUGCUAAAGAUGUCCGAAAUGGAAAUCCAGACUCAAAUCACUACGGCUAUCCACUACCAAUUAUUCCUGUUAUGGACACCUACAAGAAAGAGAUUGUUCGGAUCGACCGCCUUGCCACCGGCGGCGCUGAAGACGGCCUCGCCUAUGGGUCACACAAGACCAAGAAAAUUCUGGCGCACUGUAAGCCUGCAGAGUACGCACCGGAACUUCUCAAUCUACCCCUGCGAACCGAUGUGAAGCCUCUCAACGUCGUUCAGCCCGACGGUCCAUCAUUCAAGGUUAGUGACGAGUCUUUGAUCGAGUGGCAAAAAUGGCGCUUCAGAGUCGGUUUCAACCCCAGAGAGUGUGCUGUUCUGCAUGAUGUUCAAUACGACGGUCGCGAUGUGCUGUAUCGCCUCAGCUUGUCGGAGAUGACAGUACCGUACGGCGACCCUCGCCCACCUUUUCACCGUAAGCAAGCUUUCGAUUUCGGCGAUGCGGGAGCGGGUCGUGCGGCCAACAACCUCGCGCUGGGCUGCGACUGUUUGGGCGCCAUCAAGUAUCUUGAUGCCAUGCUCGUCGAUACCGAAGGAAAGCCUUCUGUGUCCAAGAAUGUCGUCUGCAUCCACGAGCAAGACAAUGGCAUUGGCUGGAAGCACACCAAUUUCCGCACUGAGCGAGCAGUUGUGACCCGCUAUCGUGAGCUUGUUGUGCAGUUCAUCAUCACCUUGGCCAAUUACGAGUACAUUUUUGCUUUCAAGUUCGACCAAGCCGGCGGUAUCACGAUUGAAACCCGGGCCACCGGAAUCGUGUCGGUCGUCAACAUUGACCCUGGAAAGACCUCUCCCUACGGCAAUGUUGUUGCACCUGGCGUGUUAGCACAGAACCACCAGCACAUCUUUGCCGUGCGUAUUGAUCCUGCUGUUGAUGGCCACCAGAACACGGUCAUCAAGGAGGAGUCACUGCCUGUCAAGAUGAACCCGGAGACUAACCCGCACGGCAACUACUACGAGGUUCGGCGGACACCUGUUACAACGUCCGAAGGAUUCGAUGCGGAUCCUUUCAAGAAUCUGACCGUGAAAAUCGCCAACACCAAUAAAUUGAACAAAUACUCGCAGCGGCCCGUCGCGUACAAGUUCAUUCCAUCCCCAUCGCAGCUACUGCUCGCCGACCCCGACUCCAUUGUUGCGAAGCGUGCCGCCUUUGCCCAGCACCAUGUCUGGGUGUCGCAGUAUCGCGAUGAUGAGCUAUUCGCCGCCGGCGAGUUCACCAAUCAGUCCAAAGUCGAGAAGGGCGGCGUUGCUGAUAUGGUUGCUCGGAAAGACAACAUUGAAAAUAGCGAUGUCGUUGUGUGGAAUGUAUUUGGGUUAACCCACAACCCGCGCGUGGAGGAUUGGCCAGUGAUGCCAAUUGAGAAGCAUGAGAUCCACCUCAGGCCAGCUGACUUCUUCGAAUUUAAUCCCGCUCUCGACGUUCCUGGGAACCGGAACGAGGCUUCUGUCCUGGUCGACAGUUGCUGUCAUAGCGGAACCAAUGGAGUUGCUAAUGGCGAGGUACAAGGGCAAGCCGCCAGUCAUCUACAAGGCACGGGUACCAUUAAGGUGAACGGACAUUGA